AUGCCUCCUCGGAUCUCUGUUGCGAUUCGAAACAGCCGAGCUUAUGCAGGUCCUUCAAGGGCAUUUGCCAGUCGACAUCUCUCGACACCCAGUCAGACUUCUCCUUCCUCGAAAAUCAGCUCUGUACCGUUCAAGAUACGACCUGAAGAUGCUGCUCAACGAAUGUAUAUAAAUGGACUACUGGGAUCAGCUGCACUACCGAAUAUGAUCUUAGCCGGAUUAUUAAGGCUAUUCGGACCUUCGAUCACCCCAUUGGCGAAUGAGUUUGGUCUAGGUACAAGUUUGAAAAUGAAAGACAUGAAGGCUGUAUUGUAUCCUAUAUGGAGGGUGGACAGUAUAAUACAAGGAAGUGUGAAGUUGGAUGGAACGAAUCAAAGAGUAGAACCUAAGAUGUGGAUAAGUACAAGAGAAGGUUACGUUCCUGGAAAUCCAUUCGCUCCAUUAUCGUAUCUUUCAUUCGCUGUCCCGCCAUUACCGGAUGACUUGCCUCAGUAUAACUUAUCGGAGGAUCUCACACAAUUAGGAGAUGGGUUCGAGGUUGUUCCUGUACCAUUCACGGUAUCGCCUUUAGGUCUGGCGAAGAAAGUGAGGAAAUCAAUUGGGAAACACAAGAAAUGGGAGAACGUUGUAAUCGAUGAGUCGAAAUGGGAGGAUACAAUGCUCGCAGCGUAUCCUAUCAUGUUCCCAAUAUAUAUCGCUGAAUUCGAGCAUGAUAUGGGAGAUGACGGUGUCAGAUCAUUCAACGUAAUUAUGGAUGCUCACGAUGGAAAUCCAAAGAAUUGUCGUGUUAGUUGGCCUCCUCCUCCUCAAUUGGUAGAAAGUGGCCGAUUCGAUAAGAACUACUUUGUCAACCCUGCACCUUUUUUACCAAUGUGCAACCUCCUGAUGUACCCUUCUGUCGCUCCUCAUACCGUCAUUGGUCCUAAUACAGUCAAAUUAGUAGAAAGUUACCGAGAAUGGAUGUCCCCUUCUCCUGAUCCAGAUGACAAAAAUUCUAUCCCACCAUCACCAAUGUUAUCUGUCCAACAACAAGAAGAGAGUGAAGGGAUCGACUGGGAUGAUUUGAGAAUACAAUCUUGGAGUGGAGAAGAGAGGGAACAAAACGGUGAAUGGAUUGAACAAGCUUUGAAAACUCAAAAAGGUGUCGAAACGUUAGAGACAAUGUCAUACUUCUCUUCUCGCUCGCCACAUCCAGAAGACAUGAAGGGUCUAGUCAUAAAUACAGCUGGAUCAAGACCUACUUUCGAAAGGAAAUCAUUGAGCGAUAUGGAAACUCAAUUAAGAGAUGAUGUGGAGAGGAUGAAGAAGGAAUUGGAGGGAAUGAAGCCUGAUUGGCUGAGGAAGUGGGACGAGCAAAAGUCAAAGGAGAAGAAGGAAUAA